GAGGACUAGCGGGAGGAGUUGGGAGGUGGGCAGACAGGGCCCGUGAGGUCACAAGUAAGAGAAGAGCCUUCAGGAGAGGGUUCAGUGGGAGGAGAGACACAGACUUUGAGGGGGCUUGUCACUGGCAAGGAGGAUUCAAACAGCGUUACAAGAUUGGAGCAGGGAGGGUCAAAAGCGGAGAGAAGGAAAAGCUUGGAUGAAUGGAAUUUUGGACAACUUGCCAUUGUGAUGGCAAAAAUUAUCAAGAUCUAAAAGUGUGUGAAAAUUAGUCACUUAGGUUUUAUGUUGUCUUGGAGACUAAGGGGAGGGUGUGGAAAAGGCAUCCCAGUGGACACAUCUAAUGUAGAGUAUGUGGUCCCCAUAAUGUAGAAGAAAAGAGAGAGAGAGGCAGGUGCCUUGGUGAGUUUACUCUUCAGGCCAAUAUAGAGCUAGGUCAAGAUCUAGCCUCCCUUACAUGACUCAGGCAAGGAGAGCAGAAUCAUCUGGUUGCUGUUUGGUCAAAGUAAGCUGAGGGGGCUGUCGAGCUCUCACCCUAGGCGGAGGAAAGGAAAACAGAGAAGGAGAGAGAGAGAGAGAGGGAGGUUCCCAAGGGCGGGCGUCCAACAGAGAAUGCCCAACCAGUUACCCAGGCAUCCCUGUGCUAAGUGGUGGGUGCCCCAGCAGGCGUAGGAGGCAUAUAUGGCAAGGCACUAUGACUUCUGAUACCAGAGAGAGAGAGAGCAGGCAGCCCCGAGAAGGGUGACACUUACCAAGUCUGAGGAGAGGAGUUGGUGAGGUGGAGAGCAGUGGAAGAGAAACUAAUGAUGGAUAGGAAAGCCAGCAAGGCAGUAAGGUCCGAGAUCCAUAGUCCAUAAUCACGUGGGGUCAUUUCAGCAGUCUGGGUUCAGGAGAGGGUAGGACAAGAAAGCCAAGGGAGCAGCCCUGGGCCAGAGCAUCCUGUUAACCUCUCCCAGGUUUCAGCACCAGAUGUAAGGAGCUGCUGAAUAAAGACCACACCACGUGUGGAAAAGAAAGAUUUAUUACAGACUGCUGGGCUGUCCCCCUCGAGAUCAGGGAGCAGUAGCUUGGCUGCAGUGGGUAGUGGGCUUUAUAGGAGGGGACCAAGCCAUGGGAGAGGGAGAGAGUCUCUGGUCUUCAAUUAUCUGUGAUCCCCAGAUGGAACUGGUUGACAUGCCCAGCUAGUUGAGAAACUGGAAGUUCCUGAGAUAUUGCAAGCAGGGGAACAAGCAGGGAAGUUUGGCAAGCGGUCACAAGAAUGCCAGGGACCUAACAGAAGUCAUUAUGCUAAGUAUAAAGAGCCAAUUACAAAAUACAGGUAUUUUAUGAUUCUUUUGAAGUUGCUGAUGAUUCUGAUCAGAAGAUUUGGUUCCUUGAGCUCUGGCAAGGAAGAAUCGAAGCACAACACAUGGUUGUUUGUAGUGAGGAAAAUAAUGGAAUUUUAUUAUAGGAAAAGAAUUAGGGGAUUACAGGUAUGGUCUCUGUCAGGUGGAAUGGAGAUGCAGCAUGCAGGAAAAAAAGGGAAGAAUUUUUAUUGUAGGUGGUUUUUAUAUCAACCUUAACUUGUCAUUGGGCAAAAAUGUAUCAUUCCCUGUCUUCAGUGGUCUUGGGCCAGGGUGAGGAACUGGGGGCACCCAUGCAUACACUUACACUAAUUCUCGGGUACCCUAUUUCUACUCUUACUUAACAAAGGAUCUGCAAUUGAAAUGGAGCUCUCUGGGCACAGAAAGAAUGAAUAAGGGAGGGGCGACUGUGGUGAUCUAAGGCUGUACAGUUUUUAAGUCCCUGAACUUUCCCUAAUAUAUAGUCUGCCUAGUUCCACUUAUAUUAGGUACCUAGAGUAGUCACAUUCAUAGAGAUAGAAAGUAGAAUGUUGACUACCAGAGGCCGAGAGGAAGGAAAGAAGAAAAUGUUCUGGAGGUAAAUGAUAGUGAUGGUUCUACAACAGUGUGCAUGUUCUUGAUGCCACAAGACUGUAUGCUUAAAUAUUGUUGUAGGAUGGCUGAGACAGAGAGACAGAGCACCAGUUUUUGGGAAGCAAGUUUAUUAAGCAGGCCAGCAGCAACUCAGUGGAUUUGCAUCCAAAGAUUAGCCCCAAGAACAAAGGGGUUUCUCCUUAUAUACUAUUUAGAGCAGGUUACAGAAGUGGGGGGGUACAUCUUGUUCAAUACAUUGUCACAUAAUAUUUCAUUGGCCAAUUUAGUGGGGCAAGGUGACCCUUCUGGUCAGGUGACAGUCCUCAAAUCCAUGUUUUGUUUGUUUGUUUCACUGUUGCACUCAUUAUCAUUUCCCUUCCCCCUCUCUGCCUUCCUGCCACAAUCCCUACUUUGAUGCUCAAACCCACUUCUGGGUAAAAGAGCAUCAUCUUAAUCUAGAGAUUUAUAUUUUCACAGCAUCAUUACACCAGUAGCUGUCUUUCUUUUUAUAAUGCCUUCCAUAAUGAGGUCCUAAAGGACCACAGUACCAGGGGGAAUAGGCAGGGUAAUAUCAAGCAUGCUUCUAAGACAAGGAAUGUUGCCCCAUUAAGGUCUUGAACCCACCUAGGGUUGAGAACCAGCCCCUGAACAGGUCACAGGACUCUGUCCCUUCCAGGUCUAUACAGAGACAUGAGAAAGCUGUUUUCAUCUUGUUGGUAAUCUUUUUAAUUACAUUCCCCUCAUCAUCAAGCUGUAAUCAGUAGUUACUCAGAUUGAACUUUUUACAUACCCUGCCCUCUAAGGCUAGCAAAUAGUCCAAAGCCAAAUGGUUUUGGUAGAUGGCAUUGUGUAUUUUAGUUUGUUGUUUAGCUAAUAUGUUAAAGGCUUUUGCUUUUUCAUUAGUUAUAAUCUCAACCUCUGCCUGGAAGCCAAAUGAUGCAGUUGAGCAUAUAGAUCAGGAUUGUAAACCUGUGUCCAGCUAAUAAGCUCCCCAGUGCUGGUGAAGCUUCAGACCUCUGGUCAUUGCUCCCAAGGGUGAUAGAUGGGGUUAAAAUAGAUAUACCAUCAAGAGAGCACACUGAGUAGGUGGUGUGGUUGUGGGUGCAUGACCCAACAACUGUGCCUGCACAAGAAUAAUAAGUAUGGAAAACCAGAGUUUUGAUAGCAACACUUCUUGCUCAGGUAGUGUGCAUACAUGAGUCACAGUCUAAGGCCUGGGGGUCCACAGGUGGAGAGCUGACCAAGAUUAGCAAGAAGAAAACAUAGAAGGGACUCAUGCUCAAAGGUGAAAUGGGCAACACCUCAAGCUUCUGCCGUGCAUAGGCUAGUCAGCUUGCGGAGUGACAAGAGCAGGGCUGACAUCUCGUUUGUUUGUGGUCUCCUGUUGUCUCCUGGGAAGCAGAGUCUUGCUGGAAAGGGCACAGGUGUUCCAGAAGGUGAUCUUGCACAGUGAGGCUGGUCAGGGAUGCAGUCCCAUUCGAGUGAAGCAGGCUUCACUUGGCUGUGGUGGAUCCAGGGAAUAGUCUUUGCUACCUUAACUUACAGACCCUUGAUUAAAGGGGGGUGGGUGCCCAAAAAGAAUUUUAAAAGGGGAGAAACCUAUCUGCUUGAUGGGACUAGACCUAAUCCUGAGCAAGGCUCUGGGCAGUAACUGAUCCCAUUGUAGAUGGGUCUCCUGGCAUAGUUUUUCCAAUUGCAAUUUUAGAGUCCUGUUUAUAUGUUCUACUUUCCCUGAACUCUGGGGGCACUAGGCUGGGUGCAGCUUCCAAGUUUUUCCUAAGCCCUUAACCACCAAUUGUAUCAUCUUAGCCAUGAAGGCUGGCCCAUUUUUCGAUCAAAUAGACACAGGUAUUCCGAGCCAAGGGAUGAUUUCCUUUAACAGGCACCUGGGCACUUCCUGGGCUUUCUCAGUCCGAGUAGGGAAGGCUUCCAUCCAUCCUGAGAAGGUGUAGACAAACACCAGCAAAUAUUCAUAUAGUCUCGCCCAUGGCAUCUUAGUAAAGUCCACAAUCAGGUUUUCAAAAGGAGUUCCUCCAACACUUUGCACCUGGGGUGGCACACUUGGACCUUGUCAGGGAAUGUUUUUGGCACACAGACUGCACCUCUCACAUACUGUUUUACAGUGGAGGGCUUGGGGACAUAAAAAUGCUGGGCAAGAUGGUCUUGAGUGAUGUCUAUACUGAGUGAGUUUCUUCAUGGUACUGCUUGACAAAUGUGAGAGCCAGUGACUCUAGAAUUGGCCAUUAGCAAAUUUCCAUUACCCUCCUGGCAGGAAACUUUCUCCAUCAGUCUCAAACCAAGCCUGUUCUGGUGAAGUAUAACAUGGUUUCCUUUCAGAUAAAGGGAACAAGAACAAGGCAGCUGUCACUGAGGCUGAGGUUUGUCCUCCUGUGAGGGCUGCUCACUUGGUUUCCUAUCUGCUUUUUUGGUUUCCCCAAACAGCUGUUGUCUUCCCCUUCUGGUGCCCUCAGGAGUGCAUGACUGCUACUUGCUUAGGGGCCCAUACAGCUUCUAGCAAUUCCAGAAUGCCUUGUCCAUAGUUAACAUUUUUUUCUCCUGAGUUAAUGAGCCCCCUUUUCUUUAUAUAGGGCUCCAUGGACAUAAAUGGUAGUAAAGGCAUAUUUAGAGUCCAUAUAGAUGUUUAUCCGCACUUCUGCCCAUGUGAGAGCAGUGAGCUCAGCCUUUUGUGCAGAGGUUCCAACAAGCAGCAGACAUGCUUCAGUGACAGUGUCCAGAGUCACUAUUGCAUAUCCGACAAAACAUGCUAUCUGAUAAGCUGAUCAGUCAAGUCCAGCCAGCUGGAGAGCACCUCAUCCAUAUCCUGUAAACAGUCAUGGUCCGGAGGGCCUGGAUCAACUGGCAAUAGGGUGGCUGGAUUUAGAGUCUUAACAACCUCUAAUUGGAUACAUGAGUUUUCACAUAACACACUUUGAUUUGGGGAGUUUGUCAGCCAGUGAUUUCCUUUAUAUUCCAUGAGCGUCAAGAGUGGAGAACAUGGACUGUGAGUUCUUGCCCUAAAGUAAGUUUGUCUGCUUCAGUCACCAAGAUGGCAGAGGCCACCAGAGCACACAGGCAGGGUGACCAGCCUUGGGAAACUGCAAGUUGCUUUGAUAAUUAAGCCAGUGGGUGAUGCCAGGAACCUAGCAGCUGGGUCAAGACUUGCUGUCCCCAGUCUCUCGUGUACAUACAGGAAGAAGGGCUUCAUUAGAUCUGGCAAGCCCAGAGCAGGGGUAUUUGUGAGUGCCCUCUUAAUUUCUUUAAAGGCUUUUUUGCUCCUUUGCCCUUAUUAUGGGUUCCAGUUCUCCCCCAUUUGUGGCUUCUUUAAAGGGGUUUUGCCAAGAGAGAAUAAUUGGGGAUCCAGAUUGGGCAGAAACCUGCAGCCCCUAGAAAUUCUCUAGUCUGUCAACAGGUCUUCAGGGCCAGAGUGGAACAGACAGUCUGUUUCCUGUCACAAACCAGUCUACGUUGUCCUUGUGACAGGUGAAACCAAGGCAUCUGAUAGUAUCCUGGCAAAUCUGAGCUUUCUUUUAGGAAACCUGCCUUCCUCAAAAUUGAGAGAAGGCUGCAAGUUCCUUCCAUACAAUCCUCCUGAGUUGGUCCAGCCAACAGAAGUUUAUCUGCAUACUGGAGGAGUGUGCAGCAUGGUGGUUGGCCAAGAAAGCCUUUAGGUCAGAUGCCAAGGCAGUCCCAAAGAUAGUGGGAGAGUUUUUGAAGCCUAGUAGCAUCUGAGUCUAAGUCAAUUGUCCCUUCUCUCCAGUACUAGAACUUUCCCAUUGGAAGGCAAAGAUGGGUUGGCUGUGUGGGACCAGGCAGAUGCAGAAAAAAUGUAUCCUUAAGGUCCAGGCAGGUAAAGAACUUUACCUCAGCUGGGAUAAGGCCCAAAAAUAUAUACGGAUUUGGGACCACAAGGUGUAAACCAACAGUUUCUGAGUUGACUACACAGAGAUAGUUUGGCAAGAUGCUUUUGGAUCUCAAAUUGGGCCUUGCGAGGAAUGUUGUAUUGCCUCUGGCUAACAGGAGUGGCUCCUGGCUUUAAUUCUACCACCACCUAUUCUGAGCCAGCCCACUGGGUUGUCCUCAGCCCAUACUCCUGGAAUCUUAAAAGGGAAGCUCAGGCAUCUCAGGAAUCCCUUUCUUAGAGGCACAGAGUCAGCAUUCCUCCUUCUCUGCCACCAAGAGAGUUAGAAUCUUGGCUUCAGACCCUCAGCUUUAAGGCUGCCUUGCCAUCAGAGUCAAAAGUUAUCUGUGCCCUUAGUUUGCAUAACAAAGCUCUGCCCAUCAAGGCCACAGGGCAUUCAGGAAGGUAAAGGAACUCAUGUCUUACUUCAUGUUUUCCCUUCCAAGGGUGGAGGUGAAGGAAUGGUACAGUGGCACAUAAUAGGACAGGGUCUCCUCAGGGUUCCCUGCUAAUAUAGGUUUCUCUUGUUUUUACCUUUUCCCCUGCACUUGGAAGCUGCUGCCACCUUCACUACCAUGACCGUACAUGCUUCCUCUAGGUGGGGCUUUAGCCAUGUAGGCUGACUGAGGAUUGCAUCCUGCCAGUAAUCAAUAAGGAAACUGUUCUGGGUGUCCGGGCUCCCCUGCAACUACUUCAAAAAGUCUUUUGACUAUGACUUUAUCUAAUGACCCCUCCAAGGGCCAUCCUACACCAAAAGCAGACAUCAAGACAGAGACAGAAAUGGAAGAGAUGAGGGGUUGUGGAAAGGAGGUAAGGGGUCCUCCUUUCUGGCACACAGAGAAAAAUAACACCACUUGCUUCGUGGUCGCCAGGAUUUAGGUGUCUCCAAGCCAUGAUCCAUAAUGAGAAGACUGAUAAAAGAAGCAGCAGCUAGUCAAACAGCUUAAAAUGCCCAAAACUGGGUUCACAAAACCAGUUCAGAGUGAAAAUUCUGACAGUGACAGCAAUAUGGUAGAAAAAUCAUAUGGAAGAAAGUGUAAAGACAAGAUUGCAACUUACAGCAAAACGCCAAAAAAUGACCGAAGUGAUGUGGGCAAGGAGAUGAAAGAGAAAUCAUCCAUGAAACGUAAACUUCCAUUUACCAUUAGCCCAUCAAGAAAUGAAGAACGAGAAUCAGACACAGAUUCAGACCCAGGACAUACAAGUGAAAAUUGGGGGGAGAGACUUAUAUCUUCUUACAGAACAUACUCAGAGAAGGAAGGUCCAGAAAAGAAGAAAACAAAGAAGGAAGCUGGAAACAAGAAAUCCACACCAGUUAGCAUUCUUUUUGGUUAUCCACUCUCUGAGCGAAAGCAGAUGGCGCUUCUUAUGCAGAUGACAGCAAGAGACAACAGUCCAGAUUCGACACCAAAUCAUCCUUCACAAACAACACCAGCCCCAAAGAAAACUCCCAGUUCUUCAUCUCGACAAAAAGAUAAAGUUAAUAAAAGAAAUGAACGAGGUGAAACUCCUUUACAUAUGGCGGCUAUUCGAGGAGAUGUGAAACAAGUCAAGGAAUUAAUAAGUUUAGGGGCAAAUGUGAAUGUGAAAGACUUUGCAGGUUGGACACCACUGCAUGAAGCUUGCAAUGUUGGAUAUUAUGAUGUUGCUAAGAUACUUAUAGCAGCUGGAGCAGAUGUUAACACACAAGGAUUAGAUGAUGACACCCCACUUCAUGAUUCUGCCAGCAGUGGGCACAGAGAUAUAGUGAAACUGUUACUUCGUCAUGGUGGAAAUCCAUUUCAAGCAAAUAAACAUGGGGAGCGUCCAGUGGAUGUAGCUGAAACAGAGGAGUUAGAGUUGCUGCUGAAAAGAGAAGUGCCUUUGUCUGGUGAUGAUGAAAGUUACACAGAUUCAGAAGAGGCUCAGUCUGUAAAUCCUUCUAGUGUUGAUGAAAAUAUUGACUCUGAAACAGAGAAAGACUCACUCAUCUGUGAAAGUAAACAGAUUCUUCCCAGCAAAGCACCUCUUCCAUCUGCCCUUGAUGAGUAUGAGUUCAAAGAUGAUGAUGAAGAAGAAGUAAAUAAAAUGAUUGAUGAUAGGCAUAUUCUUAGGAAAGAGCAACGAAAAGAGAAUGAAUCUGAAGCAGAAAAGAGUAGUUUAUUUGCAAAACAGGAGAAAACCUUCUAUUCAAAAUCAUUUAAAAAUAAAAAACAAAAGCCAUCUAGGGUUCUAUAUUCAAGUACUGAAAGUUCUGAUGAAGAAGUUCUUCAGAAUAAAAAGGUUUCUACUGCAUGUUCUAUUCCUGAAACAUCAAAUUCUGAUACACAAACCAAAAGGGAAUAUGAAUACAAGCAUAAAGGCAAAGUUAAAAGGAAAUUAAAAAACCAGAACAAAAAUAAAGAGAACCAAGAGCUGAAACAAGAAAAAGAGGGGAAAGAAAAUACUAGAGGAACAAACUUGACAGCUAAUGCUACACUAGAUUGUUCAGAAAAGACCAGAGAGGAGGGGAGUUUUAGGAAAUCUUUUAGCCCAAAAGAUGAUACUUCAUUACAUUUAUUUCACAUUUCAACUGCCAAGUCUCCUAAACAUUCUUGUGGAUUAAGUGAAAAACAGUCAACACCACUAAAGCAGGAUCAUACUAAAACAUGUUUAUCCCCAGGAAGUUCUGAAAUGUCCUUACAGCCUGAUCUUGUUCGCUAUGAUAAUACAGAAUCUGAAUUCUUACCAGAAAGUUCAAGUGUAAAAUCUUCUAAGCAUAAAGAAAAAAAUAAACACCAGAAAGAUUUCCACUUAGAAAUUGGUGAAAAAUCAAACACCAAAAUAAAAGAUGAUGAUCAUAGUCCAACAUUUGAAAAUUCAGAUGGCACACUGAGAAAAAUUGAUAAAGAGGGGAAAACAUUAAAAAAACAUAAACUGAAACAUAAGGAGAGAGAUAAAGAAAAGCACAAAAAAGAAAUAGAAGGUGAAAAGGAAAAAUAUAAAAAUAAAGAUGUUGCUAAAGAACUGCAGCGGAGUGUGGAAUUUGAUAGAGAAUUUUGGAAAGAGAAUUUUUUUAAAAGUGAUGAGACUGAAGAUCUCUUUUUUAAUAUGGAACAUGAGUCCCUAACAUUGGAAAAAAAAUCAAAAUUGGAAAAAAACAUGAAAGAUGAUAAGUCAACUAAAGAAAAGCAUGUCUCAAAAGAGAGGAACUUUAAAGAAGAACGGGAAAAGAUUAAAAGGGAAAGUGAGAAAUCUUUUAGGGAAGAAAAGAUAAAAGACCUAAAAGAAGAAAGAGAGAAUGUACCCACUGAUAAAGAGCCAGAGCUCAGCUCUUUGGGUUUAAGUGUAAGUGAGGAAUCUAUAGGACUGCAUUCAAUGGAAAAGGAAAUAGACAUUGAAAAGCAUACAAAAGAAAGUAGGGAAAAAUCUGACAAACGAUUGCAAACUAAAGAAAAAGAGGUUGAGAAGACCGAAAGAAAAAAUUCUGAAAAAGAGAAGAAGAUAAAACAUGAACAUAAGUCAGAAAAAGAGAAAUUAGAUUUUAGUGAAUGUGCUGACAGAGUAAAAGAAAAGGACAAAUUAUAUUUACAUCAAACAGAAAAAUGUCAUAAGGAAGGUGAGAAGAUAAAAAAUACUGUUAAAAAAACUGAUGACAGAGAGAAAAAUAGAGAAAAGAUGGAUAGAAAACAUGACAAAGAAAAACCUGAAAAAGAGAGGCAUUUAGCAGAAAGCAAAGAAAAGCACUUGAUGGAAAAAAAAAGUAAACAAUCAGAUAAUAGUGAAUAUCCUAAAUCAGAAAAGGGCAGAAAUAAAGAAAAAGACAGAGAAUUAGAUAAGAAGGAAAAAUCUAGAGAUAAAGAAAGUGUAAAUAUAACUAACUCCAAACACUUACAGGAAGAAAAAAAGUCUAGUAUAGUAGAUAGUAGUAGUAAAACACAGCAUGAAAAAACUUUAUCCCUUAAAGAAAAGGCAAAAGAUGAACCUUUGAAAACUCCAGAUGGAAAAGAGAAAGAUAAAAAAGAUAAAGAUAUAGAUAGAUACAAAGAACGAGACAAACGUAAAGAUAAAAUCCAACUAAAUACUUUACUCAAAUUAAAAUCUGAAGGAGAUAAGCCUAAACUUAAGUCAUCACCAACAUCAAAAGACAUUCGGCCUAAAGAAAAGAGGUUAGUGAAUGAUGACUUAAUGCAAACAAGUUUUGAACGAAUGCUAAGCCUUAAAGACCUAGAAAUAGAACAGUGGCACAAAAAACAUAAGGAAAAAAUUAAGCAAAAAGAAAAGGAACGAUUAAGAAACCGUAAUUGUUUAGAACUUAAAGUAAAAGAUAAGGAAAAAUCAAAACAUACAAUAGCUGAAUCCAAAAAUAAAGAACUUGCUAGGUCAAAGAGUUCAGAGUUGACUGAUGCUUAUACUAAGGAUAAACAAUCUAAGGAUGCUGUAAAUAAUAGAUCACAGUCUGUCGACAUCAAAAAUGUAACAUGUUUAGGGAAGUCAGCCUUCCUUUCAGAUAAUAGCUCAAACAGGUCUCCUAGAUCAGAAAGUGAAAAGCCAGGUCUCAGCUCCAGAUCUGUGUCCAUGAUUUCUGUUGCUAGUUCAGAAGAUUCCUGCCAUACUACGGUGACAACCCCAAGGCCUCUGGUUGAAUAUGACUCUGAUUUUAUGUUAGAGGGUUCAGAGUCUCAAAUGUCAUUUUCCCAGUCACCAUUUUUGCCAAUUGCCAAAUCUCCAGCCUUUCAUGAAAAGGAGCUGGACAGCCUGGCUGAACUACCAGAGCGGAUUAAACCAUCAUAUGCAAACAGACUUCCAGGAUCCCAUCUCAGGUCAUCUUCUAUAGAAGACGUUAGACUAGUUAUUAACGAGGGGAGACCUACUGUAGAAUUUCGAAGAUGUAGCAUGUCAUCUGUCAUUUGUGAACAUACCAAACAAUUCCAAACAGUAUCAGAAGAAAGCAAUCAAGGUAGCUUAUUAGCAGUGCCAAGAGAUACUUGUCCUUCUCCCAAGCCUGAGAUGUCUUCAAGUAUGCCUGAAAAAGACCUUUCAAAUAUGUCUAACAUACAUUCCAGUUUUGCAGUCUCCCCAACAAGAUCUGCAAACAGCAAAUAUACUUCAUCUGAUAUAAAUGUAAUCAAGAAUACUGCUCCAGUGAGCACUUUAACAGACAGUGCUGUGCAUGUAGAGCCAUCUCAUCAGGUUGGUGUUAUCCAAAAUAAAUCAUGGGAGAUGCCUAUGGAUAGAAUGGAGUCAUUAAGCAGCAAUGACUUUAUCUGCCCAAAUUCUAGUAUGGUUGAUCAAGACUCCUCUGUUCAGGGGUUUUGUAGUUCAGAAAACAAAAUAAUGAAAGAGCAGAAUACUGAUUUUUCAUCCCUACACCAGACUGAACUGCCAGAAAACUCUUAUGCUCAGGAUCCAGCAUCCUUUCUGCCUUUACAACAACCAUGCUCUUUUUCCAACCAAUCACUUUCAGAUGCUGAAUCUGCCUCUAAACCUAUGUCUUUGUCAUAUAUUGCCAACCAAGAGCCAAGUAUCUUGCAACAGAAAAAUGCAGUUGAACUGAUGAGUUCUGUUUUAGAUACCGAUAAUGACUCUACAAAAGAUGUGGAAAAUGCUUUUGUCCUAGCAGAUGUUCAAAAGUCAGAUAGUUUUGUCCCAGUAUACUCUAAAAGUGUUAUUCAAGAAGCAUCACCACACUUUGAGAAGGUUAAUACUUUGCCUGAAUUAACAUCAGAAAAGGAUUCUAAUGGCAGUGAUGCCUCCUCCCAGCUAAAUACACAUUAUGCAUUUAGCAAACUAACUUACGAGUCUUCCAGUGGUCAUGAGGUUGAGAAGAACACAACUGAUACUCAGGUUAUUUCACAUGAAAAGGGAAAUAAACUGCAGAGUUUAGUCUUAACUCAUUUAAGUAAGUGUGAUUCUGAUUUAUGUGAAAUGAAUGUAGGAAUGCCAAAAGGAAAUGAGCAAGAUAAUCCAAAACAUUGCCCUGAAAGUGAAAAAUACUUGCUUUCCAUCGAAGAUGAAGAAUCUCAACAAAGCACUUUAUCAAGUCUGGAAAACCACUCACAGCAGUUAGUUCAACCAGAAAUGCAGAAAUAUGGUCAGUUAAUUAAAGUAGAAUUAGAAGAAAAUGCUGAAGAUGAUAAAACUGAAAACCAAGUCCCUCAAAGAAUGACUAGAAACAAAACAAGUACAAUGGCAAAUCAAAGCAAACAGAUUCUUGCUAGCUGUACACUGUUAUCAGAAAAGGACAGUGAAUCUUCUCCUAGGGGAAGAAUAAGAUUAGCUGAAGAAGAUGAUCCUCAAAUUCACCAUCCACGGAAAAGGAAAGUGUCACGUGUGCCUCAGCCUGUGCAAGUGAGUCCCUCUUUACUACAAGCAAAAGAGAAAACUCAACAGUCUCUGGCAGCCAUUGUAGAUUCUCUGAAACUAGAUGAGAUUGAACCAUAUAGUUCAGAGAGAGCAAACCCAUAUUUUGAAUACUUGCACAUAAGGAAGAAAAUAGAAGAAAAGCGCAAAUUAUUGUGUAGUGUUAUUCCUCAAGCACCUCAGUAUUAUGAUGAAUAUGUAACAUUUAAUGGAUCAUAUCUCCUGGAUGGAAACCCCCUAAGCAAGAUUUGUAUUCCCACAAUUACACCACCACCUUCACUGUCAGAUCCACUUAAAGAGCUUUUUCGGCAACAGGAAGUUGUAAGGAUGAAGCUACGUUUGCAACACAGUAUUGAAAGGGAAAAACUUAUUGUAUCCAAUGAACAGGAAGUUCUACGAGUUCAUUACAGAGCUGCAAGAACAUUGGCAAAUCAAACACUGCCAUUUAGUGCUUGUACUGUCUUACUGGAUGCGGAAGUAUACAAUGUGCCGUUGGACUCACAGUCUGAUGAUAGUAAAACUUCAGUGAGAGAUCGCUUUAAUGCCAGACAGUUCAUGUCCUGGUUACAAGAUGUGGAUGAUAAAUUUGACAAACUAAAGACCUGUCUUUUAAUGAGGCAACAACAUGAAGCUGCAGCUUUAAAUGCCGUCCAGAGGUUAGAAUGGCAGCUCAAACUCCAAGAACUUGAUCCUGCCACCUACAAAUCUAUCAGUAUUUAUGAAAUCCAAGAGUUUUAUGUUCCCCUUGUUGAUGUCAAUGAUGACUUUGAGUUGACUCCUAUAUAGCAGUUGGUACUUCUUGACUGUGUUGUCCUUUACUUGGUGAUACUCAAGCGUUACACUAUGGAAUACAGCCUUUUGACAAAAAUAUUGCUUAUGCCUUCAUGUUAGUAAGGGUCAGUUAAGUUGGUUAAGUAGUAAACACUGUCGUUUUAUUAAAAAUGAAGAGAAAUAUUUUGGAUUUUAAGCCCAAACACAGUUUCUAACAAAACUAUUAUUUAUAUUGGUAAAAAGUAACUGUUGGAUUAGAGCAUGUUGGCAGACCAUAGUAGGUAUUUUAAAAAGUUGAGACUCUGCUAAUAGCGCUGGAAGUUGUUAGCACUCUAGUAACAUGAUAACCACUAGUAUUCCAAUCUCUUUUAGGUUUUAUUAAAAAUAUGUCAGUAAACUAAAAUGUUCAAUUCCUACCGAAUAGUUUCUAAUGUGGAAGAAAAACUUGGCACAAAAUUCUUCAGUUUAAGAUCUCUGUAAAUUAACUGUACAGUUUUCCUUUUGAAAAUUUUAAUAUCGUCUUCCUUUUUAAUAACUUAUUUUAUACAUAUUGUGCAGUUGUACAUCUUGUAAUUAAUGGUCAAAAUGUAUACAAAGGGAUUGGUAGUCAAAAUAUGUACAAAGAAAUAACUGUAAAACUGUUUUGUCUGUUUUAUUGGACCAAAGUUGUAGUUUUUUUGAGGUGUAAUAGCAGUGUGUUCAGGUAGCAAAACCUUUAUAUAAGGCAUGCAUGUGUUGGAGUUAGCUUGUGUUCAUCCCCAUAACUGUAAAGAUGGUGGCUUAGUUAUAUUGCAUGAUUCUUAUGAUUUAACUCUCUCCAUAAGUGAUGCCUGGGACAUUGUAAGGUGUUUCAUAACCAGUGUCCUAUGAGAGAACCUGUGACUACUAUGUUGGACACAUAAUUUAGAAUUAAGUCAUACAAAUAAAUUUUAGCUCUUUUUCAUGUCACAGGAGAGUCUCUUUCCCCCUGGAGCAGAAAAAUGCCUUUGAAUGAAAAUUCUGAAAUUGUAAAUGUCUAUUUUAAUACUCAACUAUGAAAGAAUCUGUGGAUAUAUGUAAAUAUGUUUAAUAAAUUUUAUUGGCCAUGUUAAAUCAUUGUAAACUUUUUUACAUUGCUUAAAUUUAAUGUUUUAAGCUUAAUAACCUUUGCACUUUUAAAAUAAGACUAAGUACUCAAAUCAAAAAAAGAGAUACUUAGUAGUCAAAAUAAGUAAAAGAUUCUUAGGAAUAUUCCAGUAAAUCUCUGAAAUGUUAGUGAAAAAUUGAUAUAUGUAUUUUUCUUUGUAUCAAGACACAAAACAUAAUUUGCAAAAUUUUGUAAUUGAAAAUAGGAUUUGGUAUGCUUUUUAUAAUAAUUAGCAUUGUACUUAGAAAAGUACAGUUUCUCCUAUAACAUGUAGAUUAAAUAUUCAGGAAUAUUUCAGAUGUAAAACCUGCUGCUAACCUUGCAAGACAGUUUUUGAAAGGAAAAUUAGGGUAGUGUAAAAUUCAUCAUAAGUAUAUGCAAUAAAACUUAUGAAACUUUCCACAAUACUUUCCUGAAUUAUAAAAAUAGUACUGAAUGUUUUUUAUUUUGAUAGAGAAAGUGGAAAGAAUAUGUGAGUAAUGAAGUGGUUUAAUUCAACUUGCAAGUUGGAAAUCCCAGCUAAUGAAAGAGAAUGAAAAGGUUUUGAGUGCAAAGGUACAUAUUAAGCUUAGGGAGUUUUGAAUUUUUACAUCAGUUUAUAUUUUCAUUCUUACUGUACUUGGCAUGCGCAAUAAAGCAGCAGCACGUGUACAAAAUACACAGUGCAAGGACUUAUUAUAAAGGCUGGAUGUAGUUUUCUUUAGAAAUAUAGGUGAGAGAUUUAGGGCUUUUUUUAUUGGGUAAAUGGAGCCAGAAAGGCAGGGUAGAUUUUGAAGCACUGGUUUUCUUGCAGUUAAGUUUAUUAAUGCUGGGAACAUUAAAACUAAUUUAUAAAAGCAAUACUUUUUAAUAUGAAAAACUUAAUGCAAGUUUGUUUAUACUUUAGCCUAGAAAGAAAAUUUGAUGGGGUCAUGUAGCAAAUCAUAAAAAUAAAAAAGCAGGUUAUUGAACGUUGAAGUUACUAGAAAUUUGUAGAGCAUUUUGUUCUGAUGGUCUCAACUAGAGAAAGGAUGGGGGAAAAUACCACUGGCCAAACAGGACAAGCUGUCAAAGGAAAAAAAAGCAGGAAGCAGGAUCCUGAUGACUUAAAAGCAGGCAUCUGGCUUUUUAGUCUUACCUACUGUCCUCACCCUUUCCAUGGCACCUCAAAAAGCUGGAGCCUCCUCCAUGAUUCUGCAUCUACAGAUUUUGUCUGUAAAGUGACUCAGAGUUUAUCAGGAUAGCUUAAAAGUUACUGCCUUCUCAUUGGAAAUUUAUAAACAAGUAAGUGAUUAAGGACUCUUGAUAUUAAAAAUACUCUCUGAAGCUGUCAAAUGCUAGGACAAACUUGAAAUGGAGUAUAUGAAAGAAAGUAAAGGAUGGUUAGUUUCAGCAGUGAUUUUUUUAAAAAAAAAACUAUUCAAAUAUCAUGAACAAGAUACUAAAUUGUACCUAAGCAUUUGUAUUUCUUUAAAUCUUGUUCUAAAUUAUAUCUGUUUAAGAAAUGACUAGUUGAUAUU